AUUUACUUUUUAUAACUUUAGGCGAUCAUCAACAGCAACAGCAGCCUAUUUUAAUCUAUCGUAAUACCUCUUCUACAUGCUCAGUUCACAGUAAUGAUGAAAUCAUCCAAGAUCAUCCAAAACAACAUUGUACUUGUCCCUCUCUUAACAACGGUACUCCCAUGAUACGGUCAUCUUCCGGCGGCGGACAAGCCUAUCUUUCAUCUAAUGUCCCACAAGACUCUGUUGAUGUCGUACCAGGAUCUUUGAUGUCAGCGCCACUCUGUACAACCCCAUUGGUAGUCAAAGAAGAAACUCCUUCUUAUUCUUGGGCUUUAGUUACCUCUCCCUCCGCCAAUCAUAUAGACCUUCCCCACGCUUCCUCCUCCUCUUCCUCUUGUUCGGCUUCGACAUCAAAGCUUGCAGAGGAUGAUAACAAUAACCAUCAUAACCUUCAUCUCGGUUUCAUCUUUCACAAGCCUUCAAACACAUCAAGGAUUUUAGACGGUCAACCGAGGGUACGAAGACGUCGCUCGACCAAAAAAAGCUCUUCCUCUACUCCUACAAGACCCUUGACCUCGAACGUUAAUUAUGAUACACUCAUUAAUGUAGACACACUCACCGGUCUUUCCACACCACCACCUUCUUCGACUGUUUCUUCCUCAGAGCCAAUGGAUGUACAAUUUGAUUACUUAACACAACAGCUUGAGAUCCUGUCAAGUCAUGAGAACCAACAACAACAGCAGCAGCAACAGCAACAAGAUUUAGCGGGAGGGUUUGCCAACGCAGAAGAACUGACUGCCAUUUUAAACAAUGUGCUUCAAAAAGACAAUGGCCUCACAGUUGACUCCAUGUUUCAAGAAAAUCAAAUCUUGUCUACCGUUCCUAACCCACUAUCUCCUUUACCUCCACUUCCUCCUACAACACACAUUUCUUCUGGUCUCGUCCAACCUCAGCAACAGCAACACUCCCCUGUGAAUACUCCCAACAUCAACCGGUCCCAUUGCGGUAGCUUUGUUCCUAGUUCCAGCUGCCGUAAACCCGUCGGUAGUUCUGGUGGAGAAUCAGUCGUGAUCACAAUUACACCACUCGUUACCCCAAACAAAGAAGACCAGCAGCAGCAAAGACAAGAAUAUUAUCCUACUACGACGCGUAUUGUUACCUGCUAUUGUGGUAGUCGGUGUACUUGCCCAGGCUGCCUGGUGCAUCCUGGUAACUUUUUCUUGGGAAGUGAUCCUUAUUCUGGUCCUCUCAUCAAUCCUUCAUCUUCUGCAUCUUCUUCCUGUUACGGCUCAGAUGAUGAAGAUAUUGCUUCUAUUUACAGUAACCAUAAUAACACUAAUUUUACCUUUUAACCUCUUACUUCACUGUACAUAUACCCCUUUAUAAUAAAAAAAAAGUGUACAAGCACCCUGUGUGUAUGCAUGUGAUUAUGUAACCCUUUUACUCUUCUGCCUAUCUGCCACUUUUUUUUUCUGUUUUAUUAUGAGGCAUUUUUGUUAAUAAACUUUUUGGUUUGUAAAACGUCACGACUCAUGCCCAUGUAAGACAAGGAGUUAAAUAAAAAAGUUUUUCGGCCAUCACUUGAUCCUUCAUGGGCGCAGUUGGCUUUCAUUCGUGUAAAACUGCGCAUAAAAAACCCAAAUGGUAUAAAAAUAGCAGCCUGCGAACCAGAUAAAGGAGGAAAACUGGCAAAGAGAAAGGGAGGAAAGAAGCAUUGUGGCUUGAAAAGAUGGAAAUCAUCGUCCUUUUCUAUUCAACAA